AUGGACUAGAAUUAACCUAAAAAAGCAAUAAAGAGAGCUUAUUGUAAAAAACAGAAGCCUUAGAUGGUGUUUAGAUCAGAAAGUGAAAAAAUGAGGUAGUUGCUAUAAAUAAUUGAUGAGAACAAAAGAGUAGCCAACAACAACAAUUAAAUAGCUUCAACCUCUCCUAAUUCAUAAAUAAAGAAUGAUUCUGAAUAACAGUAGAGUUCCCAAACCUAAUAGGGUGAUAAAAACACUUAAAAUACAACUCCAACUCAGACAUAGGUUUAGCCAAGUGCAGAACAACCAGUUAAAUAAACUUUGGAAAUCAAGAUCAUAAAAAAGGCUUAGCCAUAGGAAUUGAUGAAUGAAACUCAAAAAAAGAAGAUAAAACCAGAUGAAAAUUACGAGUAAAGAUUUUGUUAGAUGAAAUGUGAAUUGCAAAGUUUUUUAAGUUAUUGGAUCAUGAAGCUUAAAUCUUCAGUCACUGAUACAUAGUAGAUGGUGGAACAAUUGGAGAAGUUUAAAUUAUGA